GAUCGCAGUCCACUGGGAGCGGGAAUUGGCUUAGCACACGGAAGAGUGAGCGUGAAUUCCUCCGAGUACGACCGAGUCUUCAUUACUGGACAGACGCUCGUCCAGGGCGGACGGUUCACGCGAUUGCUCUGCUCCUCUUCUUCUUCUUCUGAAAAGUCUCAGUAGACCCGCGCUCAAGGAUUUUGACUAUACGUCUUCUCUCUUUUUUUUUCACGAGGAGAGUGACUCGAUUUGAGAAAUUUAACGACACAUUUUAACAGGAAAGGAAAACGAUUGAGUCUCAAGGUAUAGUGUAAGUUGAAAUACUGGACAUCGAAUACUUCGGCCAUAUUAUGUGAAUGGUAGAUACAUCUUCGACUGCAGUUCGUAUCUGAAACCUCCCACAAUGCACCUCAAGACAGUAAUCGUAAGCAGCCUCCUCACUCUGAUCCUAGGGCAGAGUGCCCGAGCCGGACCUACGGAACCCAGGUCACUGUUCUCUGGUCUCUUCAAGUCAAAACUUGGAGAUCUGUACAAACUUCGUGAUGCCUUACAAACUCCUCAGAGUACGACAGAACGCUUCAAAGUUUUCCCUAACGACAAAGAUACCAUAAUUGACAAUCUGGAAGAUCUCUUCGACAAGGAUGAAGGAACACCACAAGGGGUACACCCAGGCAAUUUAUAUAGUCAGAAUAACGACAGAUUUUCACCUCAGCUAAUACAGCAGCCACAACAAGAAGUACAAGCAGAGAAAAUCUACAGCUACAUGAAUGAUUACCAUCCAAAGCCCAAUGCUUACCAGGUCAUCGAGGAAGACAUGCAGGAACAUGAUUCCCUAGUGCAGUCAGAAGCACCUGUCUUGAAAGAUGACUUUGUGCAAGGUGGCGGAAACGCCAUCCAUGAGGAUUAUUUUGGAAAUAACAUCGGUAACCUGACUGAUCUGCACCCUGAGGGUGAAGAGGUGCCCCAAGAAUACUGGACGAGAGUUAAGGGUAUCGUGGGCAACAUGAAAUCUAUCUUGGAGCAGAUGUACCCACCACAGACAGCAGAUGAAAAGAGAACGUUUUCAGUCUUCGACAAGGCAAUAGCAUUUGGAGACAACAUUAACGUCCUGAACAAGAUCAGAAAAACAUUCGAUGAAGAACUCGUCAAUUUCCUAGGACAGAAGUGGACCGACAUCAAGGAGAGAGUUGUCAAUGGAAGCCCCCUGCUGAAAUUCAUAUUGUCAAUGAACACCAGAAACAUUACGAAGAACUUCAUGAUGGCCCUGAUCCAGCAACUGGGUCAUUUACUCCACCAACAGGCCUUCACGCACUUGUCUGAGAUGGAUUUCGUGACCGAGCUGAUGAGAUCAUCAGGGUUCAAGGACAUGGAAAUUCAACAAGUCUUCCAACUACUGGACCUUCCCACGGACAACAUCGACAACGACAUAUCAGAGGCAGAGGCACGUCAGCUGGGAGGCUACAGCAGCUACAACAUUGAGAAAUCCGGAGGUUACGGCCACUCUGGAGGCGGCGGCGGCGGCUAUGGUGGUGGAGGAGGUUAUGGUGGUGGUUACAUGCAGAGUUUCGACCCUUUUGUCCUCCUGGCCGGCUUAGCCUUUGCGACUUUCUUGGCCUACCUGCUGUACCGACUCCUCUCCAGCACAACGGGGAGGAAGAGGGACAUCCCGGAUAUUUCGCUGGCUCUAGAUCUCUCUGAUCUGCCUGAUGUUAUGGGAAACAUCUACUCCUGGCUCGAGCAAGCUGAGGAGAAGUAUGGCGGUGAUGAGUACCAUGGAGAUAUCAUAGGAGAAGUCAUCGACGAGUCAGAGAGUUUCGGUUCUGCUGCAAACCAACUUUGGUCAAGUUUCCAGGCUGAUCGCCUGUCACAUGCUUGCGUCAAGAGAUACCUGUGUGACUACGCCUCCAAAGCAAGCAAGAAGAUGAUGGGACAUAGCACCAUCCUUGAACAGUUGGCGAUCACAAGCUUGGCCCAACUGUUCGGCGAGGACGAGGGCGCAAAGCUGAUGGACAAGAUCCAGCUCGACAUCCUGAACGGAAAGGAGGCUACCUGCAGCGCGAGGGCCGCCCAGUGUGACGACGUAGCCUACGAAGGGGUCGUUUCAACCUCAAUUGCGACUACUACAACUACCACCGACAAAGCUAGGACGUCGGUGACGCUGCUUUCUGGAAACGGUUCUUCCUCUUCCUCGCUAGAGAAUUUAGCGACGGAAUGGACCGUGACGGUUUCUUCUUCUCCAGAGGCGAUAGUGGGGACUGAUCCCAAGUAGAGAUGGUGCACUGACGGUGAAGGGGUUUCAAGGGAAAUUAUCAUAAUAUUCUUCAACGUUUCAAAGACCUACUAAAACUAAAAAUAACUUAAUCCAGUAUUAUAAUAGCCGUAGUUCUAUCUAGAACCAAAUCUGGCACAUUACCUGACCAAAGACCAACUUGGACUGACGCUUACUUAUCCAAAAUUAUGGUCACAGUUUCACCUGGAAUCAAAUUUGGUGCAUUAACUGACCAAAGACCGUUUAACUGAAGCCGACUGAACCCUGUAUCAGAAAUGAUCACCGUUUCAUCUGAAUUAAAAUCUAGUGUAUUACCUGACCAAAGACCAACUGAAUUCAGUACAGUAAGCCACAGUCAAGGUUGGUCUUCGGUUAGGAAAAUGGACCGUAUUUGAUUCCAGAUGGAACUACGAUAAUUUUCAAUUUCAUCUGGAAUCAAAUCUCGUCCAUUACAUGACCACAGAUCAACUUCGACUGCAGCUUGCUUUUAAUCCAGUACAGAAAAUGAUCAAAAUUUCACCCAAAAUAAAAAUUAUUCUACUACUGACCAAUUUACAAAAACUAAAAACCUACAUUCAAAGGACCCUUGACCUGAUCUUAGCUUAUAAACACCCGCGAAAUUGUUCUAAAUGAAUGUCCUUGAACCCCUCAAAACCGUAAGGAACCAUCUCACAGCCGGCCCCAUCUGGAAACCCCAAGAAGACCGAGAAAUAAUCCAAUAACCCAACCAUAUUCUACUUUAUCCAUGAAAGGAAGCGCUGGCGUUUCUUCUGAUAGAUAGGCAUUAUAUAAUUCCCCCUUUUUCCUACCUGUAGCAUUAAGCAGACUAUUUAAUACCUCCUUCAGAGAGUGGAAAUGCUCUCGCCAAUUAGAGAUCAUUAUUUUAUUGACAUAUUCCAGAAGAUAAAAAAGGUGAUACGUGUUGAUCGCUGUCGCUUUUUCGUUCGCCUGUUUUCCCUGAGCACAAAUGUGAUGUAGAUGUUAAGCGUUUUUAUUUAUUGUUAUUUAUUAUUUAUUGUUAUAUUCGAUAUCUGCACUAGUUUUUAUAAUAACAAUGUGAUUUAUGACGUUAAAUAUUUCUACUCCCUUAAGGCUCUUUCAACUUUUCGAUAUACAACUGUGUUCAUCGCAUAAAAAAUUUGAUAAACGAGGAUUGAGAAACAGAUUAGGGAAAGAAAAAACUUGACUAUGAAAACAAAGAAAACACUCUGUGACCUCUCACACUCUAGGUCACGCUAACCACUAUACCCAAGGGCAUUGACCAAAAACAAAUCCUACUCCUUAUUGCUUGCAGAAUUCGAAGGUCACAGAAGUUCACCGCAGGACGCGUGACGUCACUAAAGACAGCCAGCUGUGGAGUAAUAAUUGCUAAACACAUUGCAAUUUCAUAAAACACAAAUUAAUUAUUUCGAAUAUUAUCAUUAGGGCAUUGCUGAGUUCCUGACAAUUAUUUAUAUCACGAGAUAUUUUGUGUAUAUUCUACAUUUUACCUAUCAUCUUAAAUGCUGUUCUUAUUUGUUGAAACCAACAAUUUAUUUAUCUGUUCGCAAGGGAAUAUUGAUAUUGUAUAAAUACACAAGGAUUCAAUGUAUGAAAACACGUAAAUAUAUAUUAGCAUACAUAACGCACAUUCGCACACGAGUAUGUACAUUGACAUACAAUUUGAAGUUUGUAUACAUUUUCCUUCUGAAAACACUAUUUUGGUUACUGAUGCUGAAACUAACUUUAGUUCACAAUACAUCGGCUAUCUAUAGGACCUCAUCUAAUUCUGCUGAAAUAUAAAUAUACAUAUUAUAAAAAAACAUGCAAACACAUAUAUAUAAUUAUAUAAUUAUUUUAAUAUCUAAUUCUUCCUAACUCAGACUUGACAUUUUGGAUCACAAAUUACGCCAAAUAACAUAAACAGACAAAGAUUUUAUAGACGUGAAUACCUUAUGUAUGCAUAUCUGGAUACAUACCAUUCCGUUUCAUCAAUAAGAAUAUGUAUUGUUACUCCUAACGAUCACUCCCAACCACUUCUGACGAGCACAGGUAUUUGUUGUAUAGCAAAAAAACAAAAUAAAUAUAAAAGCAAAUCAA